UUCCCCGCCGACUCGGCCGACCUCGGUUCCCCAGUCGGACAUAGCAUAGUUUAUACUUACACUGACUAUAUAUCAUCCCCAAAACCCUCUAUAACUUAUUCAAUUAAUUUUACGUACUCAAUAUCUUCAUCAUGACUUCACCAAACCUUGCUCAACGCAUUCCUCCCGACUCAUGGGACUCACACAUGCACAUUGUCGACGUGGAGAACUACACCCUUGACGCUUCAGCCAAAUACCGUCCUACAUCUCACACACUGGACCAAGCCCUCGCCUUUGAAACUGGCGUUGGGCUUCAAAACAUAGUCCUUGUUCAACCAUCUAUCUAUGGGCUCGAUAACUCGUGUCUGCUCGAUGGUCUUCGCGCCCUAGGUACUGAGCGUGGACGAGGUGUUGUUGCCAUUGACCCUGAGGCUGCCAAUGAAGAGGAGUUGCGUUCAUGGCAUGAACUGGGUGUGCGUGGAGUGAGACUAAAUAUUCUCUCAAAUGAACUUGCGAUUGAUGCGGCCGAGUUGGAGAGGCAGUUGAUGCUUUACGCUGAUGCUGUAAGGCCUUUGGGAUGGGUUGUUCAGGUCUACGUCCCUAUGGAUAUGGUCACUCUCCUUGAACCUAUCAUUCCGAAGCUCAAUGUCAAGUUCUGCAUAGACCAUCUUGGACAUCCGCCUCUGAACAAAUACGCAGGCGCAGACCCAUAUGAUAUACCAGGCUUCACAUCCCUCAUCAAUUUACUCAAGAACGGCCAGACGUAUGUCAAGCUGUCAGCUGCUUACCGGAUGAGCACACUCCCUGACUACAGCGAUUUGGAUCCCAUCGCUAAGGAGGUCGUUCGAGUCGCUGGAAAGACUCAUGUUGUUUUUGCAACUGACUGGCCUCACACAAGGUUUGAGGGAUUGGAAAUCAAGCCCUGGAUGGAGAGAGUGCUGAGUUGGUGCGGUGAUGAUGAGCAUCUCAAAGAGCGGCUGUUCAGAGGGAAUGCCGAAGAUUUAUGGGAUGUUCAGAGGCCAUCGAGGAAGGCGGACCAGUGAUUGAAAUCAGUUAUGGCUUGGGGUUGAGCUCGAUAUAGCAGUAAGGGGGGGAUUUCAUUCAUGGUGUUCAAAGCUGAUUUCGUUCUUUCUGCCAUGGACAUGUGUACUUGUUAAUAUUUUCGUUUAUGUAUUCAUAUCAUAUCUGCCUAUUAUUCAUCUGUCGAUCAUUCUGCCGUUGCAUUGCGAUACCUGAAACGUCAAGAACGAUUUCC